CACCGGGCACCGCACAACUGCCGCGGCGGCCCCCGGCGUGCGGUGGGCGCCCGUGACAGCGGCGCCGUUCUGCUCGCCACGCCGGCUCCGGGCAGCUGCCGACCUCCCUGGCGCGGCCCCAUCGCCCGGCGGGAUGGGCGGCGAGGCGGGGUCCGCGGCGGCCGUGGGCUCCGAGGGCCGCGUAAAGAGCCUGGGUCUGGUGUUCGAGGAUGAGCGCAAGGGCUGCUACUCGAGCGGCGAGACGGUGGCGGGACACGUGCUGCUGGAGGCGGCCGAGCCGGUGGCCCUGCGCGCGCUGCGCCUGGAGGCCCACGGCCGAGCCACUGCCGCCUGGGGCCCGAGCCCUGGCGCCGCGGCCCCGGCCGCCGCCUCGGAGGUGGAGUACCUGAACGUGCGCCUGAGCCUGCGCGAACCCCCGGCCGGUGAAGGCAUCCUCUUAUUAGAGCCUGGAAAACAUGAAUUUCCAUUUAGCUUUCAACUUCCAUCUGAACCUUUAGUAACCUCGUUCACCGGGAAAUAUGGAAGUAUUCAGUACUGUGUGAGGGCAGUUUUGGAACGACCCAAGGUACCCGAUCAGAGUGUGAAGCGGGAGCUUCAGGUGAUUAGUCACAUUGAUGUCAACACACCAGCAUUAUUAACCCCUGUAUUGAAAACUCAAGAGAAAAUGGUUGGCUGUUGGUUUUUCACGUCUGGUCCUGUCUCACUGAGUGCCAAAAUUGAAAGAAAAGGAUACUGUAAUGGAGAAGCUAUUCCAAUCUAUGCAGAGAUAGAGAAUUGUUCCUCUCGGCUGAUUGUUCCCAAAGCUGCUAUUUUCCAAACCCAGACGUAUUUGGCGAGUGGGAGAACAAAGACCGUCCGGCACAUGGUUGCCAACGUACGGGGAAACCACAUUGCAUCUGGGGGCACUGACACGUGGAAUGGGAAGACUCUCAAAAUCCCACCUGUUACCCCGUCCAUCCUGGAUUGCUGCAUUAUCAGAAUAGACUAUUCCUUAGCUGUGUACAUUCACAUUCCUGGUGCUAAAAAAUUGAUGCUCGAGCUGCCCUUAGUGAUUGGCACGAUUCCAUACCAUGGUUUUGGCAGCAGAAACUCCAGCAUUGCCAGCCAGUUCAGUAUGGAUCUGAGCUGGCUGACGCUGACCCUGCCAGAGCAGCCCGAAGCACCACCAAAUUACGCAGACGUGGUGUCAGAGGAGGAAUUCUCUAGACACGUGCCUCCUUACCCUCAGCCCCCUAACUGUGAGGGGGAAGCAUGCUGUCCUAUGUUCGCCUGCAUACAGGAAUUCCGGUUUCAGCCUCCGCCUCUCUAUUCAGAGGUUGAUCCACAUCCUCCUGAUGUAGAAGAGACCCAGCCCGUUUCCUUCAUUCUCUGAACAAAUGUCAGAAAUCACUGUGUUCAUCAUCAAUUUAGAAAACGGUUCCUUCCCCCUGCCUUUUUGGAAAAGAGGGAGAGAAAGGCGUGUAAGAACAUAAGUGAACAUCCAGAUCAAAGGUGAUAGAAAUUAAAGAAUAUGUGAAUUUCCCAGUGGGCCGACGGGAUCAUUGCACAAGUUGAUGAUACCGUCGUGCGUCCCCUUUAAGUAAUCCAGUGAAGCAGAUGUGAAAAGUCACGUGAGAAGAAUGUCCCGGAAGUCCUGAUGGUGAUAGAGUAAGUGAAGGGGGUGCCUGCGUGCUUGACCGCAGAGAACAGACGCUGUGUGGAGAGUGGAAAUGCUCUGUGUCACUUUACAGAGGUUUCUCAAGGUGGAAAAGAAGUUACCCUGAGCUUUAAGGAAAUGUAGACUCAUUGGGAGCCUUGAUUUUGAAGAUGGCAGCAGCAUGGAGGCGUGCGCGAAUAGGAGAGGCCCACCCUAGAUACCAAGUGUGAGGGGCUUCGUGGUUUCUUACCGUGUCCCAUAGGACUGAAGUCCUCGAAAGAACCUUUCAAUGAGGUCCUAACGAAGUAACACAGUUCCACUGUAUAAAUUGGCUCUGCAGUAUUACGAAACCAAGAAAAGAGUUCCUUGCAAGGCGUGUCAGUAUGAGAACACAUUCGGUUGAAGGCUAUACUUCUUACCCCAUUUAAGUACUUUGUUAGGGUAUGUGUUUGAUUUUCCCUGUGUCUUAUUUACCUAGGAUGACAGUAGAAAAAGAAAGGGAAGAAAAAAAAAAAAAGUUGCAUCCUCAGGCUGCCUUGAUAACUACACAGAAAAAAAAUACAAAAAAAACAACAAAAAGCCUUUCUUAACCUACCUCUAGUGGGUUUAUCAGAAUCCUUUGAAAACUCGAGGCCUGAUAAGCCUUGUAUAGAGUUUCUGCUAAUUGGCAGUAGCAAUCUCCUCUGACCUAUCACUAAAUCUGCAGGUGGACCAAGGGAAAAAUCUAUAAGGCUAGCGUUAGAUGAAAGUUAAUAUAUGCCUACCAAAGGGUAUUUCAAAAUAAAUGCAAAAUCAAAAGAGGGUACAAACAACCAUGGUUUUUAAAAAGGACAAACUGAAUUCCUGCCAAGAAGAGACCUUAGUCUACUGAUGGCAGUCACUGCACCGUGUAUUAUUAUUCCCAUUUCAAUUCUUUAGUAAUUCUAUUUAAACUGUGAUUUUUUUCCUUUAUUGUUUUGGUGCAAUAUUUUUAUUAUCAUUUAACCUCAGGAUAUUCCGACCAACAAGAUUGUGUUGCUGCUAGAAGUCUGAGCAAUGUUUUGACUUUUCCCCUCUCCCCUUCUGUUCGUGGUCGCAUGGUCCCUUGCUUUUCCUUUCAUCUGUUGGUUUCACGAGCUGAGAGCAUUCCUGGACCCUCAGUAGAAAGGAGGGAGGGAUUUCCACGAUAGAGGUUUUGGACUAGCCGAGUACUUUGGUUUUCUCCAUGUCCUACGGGUUCAACCUAGAAACCCUGGUGCUUCCCAUGCAGAAUGCCGUACUUCAUUCACCAGAGUGAAUAACUUUUCUUUCAAUCAGUAUAUUCAGUCACAAGUAUCAAAGCUGUUCUAAGGCUAAGUUUUGUAUUUAGAAGUUAGUUGGCCAUCUGAUCAGGGAUUUUUUUCUACAUGCAUUAGGUAAAUGUAUCCUUCUCCCCCUUCUGGACAUACCUCUCUCUAAUCACGUAAGCAUCUUAAGCAAUUUUUUUCAUUGUAAGCCACUAUUUAAAAUCACAGUGCAAAACUGUUACACCAAUAAUUGUGGUACUGAAAUUGUCACAGAACUUUAUUCCCUACUUUGGUUUUUAGUGCUUUUUUUUUUUGCUUUGUCUUUGUGUAUUUUUAAAGAGGUAUGUGUCUUUAAGUGUUAUCUGAACAGUGUUGUUCUUACUCUAAAAAAAAAGAUCCUCUUCAACUGUUUCUUGACUUCUAAGUUGUAGUUUAUAUGCCUUGUCAAGACAUUGUCCAUCUCCAUGAUACCAAAAUAAAGUGAAAGAAGCGAAGAAAAAUGGUAUGAAGGAAGAAAGUUUAGUUUUGGCCCCAUGUAGAAAGCCAAGUAGUUGACUUCCAACUACUCAGUGGAAUCCUUCACUAGGAUGUUUUAUCACCUGUAACAGAGACAUCGUGAAAUGUGCUAACAAAAUUAAAGCAAAGCUCAUUUUGUAGCACUUAAAAGAGUAGCUAAAAGGUAUGAUUUGCCUUAUCAAAUUGGUAUCAGUAUAUCUGACCUUAAGCAGUAGGUUGAAACUGCAUACCGUUUUAUAAUCAAGAAAUUAUUCUACGAAUGUUAGAAAAUUCUACAUUGCAACAGAAUUCUUGGGAAUGAAGAUAAAAAUUUAGCUGCUAUUUGCUUGUUAUUCUGUUGUUUAGUUUGCAAAGAAACUGUGGCCUUAGAAUUUUCUUUUUGAUGCAAAAAUUUUUGAAAUUGAAAAUGUGUAUCUUUUGGCCCACAAAAUCCUUCCAUGGGCAGAACUUUAAUUUUUAUGUUUUUCUUUUGCACAAUAAGAAACUCUCAAUAGGCAGGGAUUUUGUUUUUGAUAAGUUAACUAUGAAAGCUUUUUUAUUUUUAUUAUUAAAAAUGUAACAGUUUAACCCACAGGAAAAAAAAAAAAUGAAGAUUGUAUUUUGUAUUCUGGUUUGAACCCUAUGGGUUCCUUUUGUUAAUAAAUGAUGACACUAAUGCUGUGA